AAGCAGACCACUCUGUCCACAGAGUCAUCAGAUGGAUUGUGUCCAUCGUCCCCUCUGCUGUAUAUUGGACGCACACAAUACAUGAUCACUAUGUAUGACACAAAGUCCCGGGAACUGCGUUGGAACGCCACCUUCCAUGACUACUCCGCCCCUCUGUGUGACGAGACCUAUGAAUACAAGAUGGCUCACUUUGCCUCCACCGGUGAUGGGUUACUGGUCACAGCCGACCGGAGUAGCGGACAAGUGUUGUGGAUGCAGAAUUAUGGCUCGCCUGUGGUCGGGCUCUUCAUGUGGCACCAGGAUAGUCUGAGACGGAUCUCUCAUCUCAACGUGGCAACGGAGACAUUGCGCUACUUAACGUUCAACUCUCAGGACAUCCUACUGAUCAAAUGGAAUUACCAGGCUGUGCAGGAGCUGAGCAGCACAAAGACACAUCUACUGCCAUCAUUGUAUGUCGGGAAGCAUGCCAGCGGAUUCUAUGCCUCCACCUCACUAAUCCAUGAGGGAGUCUCUAUUGUGCCACGUGGAAUCACCCUGGCCCGGAUAGAGGGUCCCACUACCAAGGAUGUCACACUGAAAGAGUCUACAGAAUUUGAUGUAACACCCAGCACAGAUGUCAAAUACCCACAUGGU